AUGGCCGGCUCAGCGACAACGCCUAUCGUCCUCGCCAGUCGCCCCGAUGACUGGAAGGCGCGUGCACCCGGUCCCCCAUCGACAUCUGUCACAUUCGCUGCCCAGGACAAGCUGCCAAAGCUUCCCGUCCCUGAUCUGAAGCAGACGUUGGUCAAACUCAAGGAGAGCUUGCGGCCUAUCGCUUGGAACGACGCUGAAUACUCUGCAGUGGAGAAGAAAAUCGACGAAUUUGAACAGGGCAAAGGCGUCGAAUUGCACCAGAGGCUGCUCGCGAAGCAUGCAGCGACCAAGCACUGGUUAGAGGACUGGUGGGAUGAUGGAGGAUACCUAGGUUACAGAGAUUCGGUUGUGGUCAAUGUUUCAUACUAUUAUGGAUUUGACCGCCAGCCGGCGCACCUCCCACAAAGUCCUGCAGGCAGGGCAGCCACAAUCGCCAGAGCUGCCAUGAUAUUCCGACAGCAACUUAGACGGGGUUUAGUGAAACCAGAUGGAACGAAGGAAGGACCGUUCUGCAUGGAUACAUAUAGGCAAGUAUGGAUGUUUGACUGCUGUCGCGUCCCCGGCCCCCAAGGCCUCGACUGGAGUGUCUCAUAUGCGAAGCAAGGCGAAGAGGGCGAUGAUGCGCACAUCGUUGUAUUUCGUAACAAUAGACCGUGGAAGGUUAACGCCACACAAAACGGUCGGAUUCUCAGCACAGCAGAGUUUGAAGCGCAAAUAAACCAUAUUUAUGAGAACAGCGCUGGAGAUCAUCCCGGGGUUGGCGUACUCGCGGCAAACAACCGUGACGUAUGGGCGAAGGACUAUGUUGAACUCGCCAAAUCGCCAUACAACUCUAGCAUCAUCCACACCAUCCAAUCCGCUGCUUUCACUAUUAGCUUAGACUCCUCAUCGCCCGCAGACCCCGUUGCACAUAGCCGCGAUCUAUGGCACGGAUACCUCUCCCCAGAGGGCGUGCCUAUUGGUCUCCGUAAUCGUUGGGUAGAUAAGCCUUGCGAGUUCAUCGUCUUUGACAAUGCAGAAGCUGGCAUUAUGGGGGAGCAUUCCGUCAUGGAUGGCACGCCCACGGUUCGGCUUUGCGACGAGGUACUCGAGAUGCUCCACAACCCCGCGUUUGAUAACGGUGAUGUCCCAACCCCUACUAAGGCUGCCAGCACUCCUCUGGACUGGGAGGUCGCACCCGCGAUCAUCCAAGCCAUCAGCAAGGCGGAUGAGGCAGCUCGCGAACUCAUCCAGAGCCAGGAACUGACUUUCCAUGUCACAUCAUAUGGGAAAGCAGCCAUCAAGAAAUUCGGGGUCUCCCCAGAUUCGUGGGCACAGAUGAUCAUUCAGCUCGCGUACAGACGUCUCAUUGGCAACGAACCGCGCAAGGGCGGUACGUACGAAGCUGCUACCACGAGGAAGUUCUACAAGGGUCGGACUGAGGCCAUUCGUGUGGUCACCACCGAGUCGGAUGCUUGGGUAGCCAGCAUGGAUGAUCCUUCUGUGAACGCUGUGGAGAAGAAGAGGCUCUUUGACAUCGCGACCAAGAAGCACAUCAGCACCGCCAAAUAUUGUGGGGCUGGUCAGGGCAUUGAUAGGCACCUCUUGGGUCUGAAGAAAUCGCUGAAGGAAGACGAGGACGCGCCUGCUUUGUUCGAGGAUCCAGUAUACCAGCGGGCGACUUAUUGGGUAUUGAGUACUUCAGCUAUCUUCUCGAAGCAUUUCCCUGUUUAUGGGUGGGGAGAGGUCGUCCCGGAUGGAUUUGGCGUUGCGUAUAUGACUGGGUUCGAUGACCGUCUACAGUUCACGGUUACAUCGAGGAAGGAGAUGCCUAAUGCGCAGUUCAUGGAAGAGAUCAUGAAGGCGGCCGAAGACCUAUUCAAUCUGCAUGCCAGUGAGGCGCAGAAAUCUAGAUUGUAG